ACAACGAACAGAGUGAAGGAAGUGAACAAGGGGAAGCAAUUAUUAAUUGUUUAGUUAGUCGAUUGUCUAACCUACCAAACCACAGUUCAAAGUUCAAUUCACAGGCAUAUUAUUACUAGUUACUACUUGACCGCUAGGUUAUCUGGAUUGUAGUUGAAGACAGAUUUGCGUCAUUCUGCUCUAUCUCGCUCAAGUCAUUAUUAGGUCAGAUCCUCGUGAUAAUUAUUUUUCAAAUCAAGAAGGAUAUUAAUCCGUCUUCGCAUUGUCUCAGUCUCUCUUUCCAAGGCUAAGAAUGUCUGGAACAGCAUCAUUGCCGCACAUGGAGGUGGUGGACCGUAUCUGGCGUUUGCCGGUGAUGGAGUCUGCGUGGAACACCUCCUACAACAUUUACGACCGUAUGAAGAACGCCAACGGCCUGGCCAACUGGACGCUGUCCACAGCUGAGGGUGCCGUCCACUUGGCCGUAGAGACCAUAGCUCCGGUGGCCAACCGCCUCUCUACCCCCAUACACGUGGUGGACAUGAAGCUCUGCCAGGGACUGGACAUACUGGAGCAGAAGGUUCCGAUCGUCAAAGAACAGCCACAACAGAUAUUGGAGAGCACCAAGGACCUGGUCAGCAGCAAGGUUGUACAGCCUGUGAUGCAGACUGCGUCGGCCGCUAAGCAGGUGAACGUGGCGUCCCUCAAGGAUCUGUCUUGGUCCAAGGCCAACGAGAUACUAGAGACCCGUUAUGGUAACAUGGCUCUGCAGGGACUGGACUCCACCUCAUCCGUAGCCAACACCUACCUAGACUACUACUUGCCAGAAGAGGAGGAAGAAGAGGACAACGAGCGCCUUCAUCCGAGUUCCGAGUGCGAUGACAAGGUCCUACACACUGCUCACACUGUCGGCCGCCUCUCCAACAAGGUGGGCCGUCGUGUCUAUCGCACGCUGAGUCAGCGGCUCAGAAAUGUCAACAAACAGAACAUCAACGAGUACCUGAACAACCUGAGCCUCGUAGUUCAGAUGACCAGUUACCUCAACUCUGUCAACCAAGCGGUAGAUCAACGUACAGCCGCAACAACCUCCCCUCCUACUGCCAAUGGUGCCAACUGAACUGCUCAAGACUGAUUCACAUUCCAUUUACAGGCCUAUACUCAUUUGCUCAACAUAUAUGAGCUGAUUGUAUUUUUUAAGAUUUUUAAAUAUAUUCAUGUAGUGUUAGUUAGACUUUGUAUUCCUAGUUUGAAAUAAAUAUAUUUAUUAGA